CGCGGGCGACGCAAGUUCCGCACGGAGCCCGUCUCUUCUCGCCUCACGCUUCUUCCUCUCUCCUAGUUGCGCGCUGCCUCCCGACGGCCGCUCUUCCUGACGAGAGCUUUCGGAGUGCGGUUGCUGAGGAGAAGCCGUCACCACCCCGCCUCGGGGCCGAGUGAGGGUUCCUGUCGCGCCGCGUCGCCCCCUGCGCCGCCUCCUUGCCCUCAGUGGCGGGCGCCCUUCUCGCUGGAAGCAUUCUCCCCAGCUCCAUGAAUGGAAAUCGGCUCCGCAGGACCCGUUGGGGCCCAGCCCCUACUCAUGGUGCCCAGAAGACCUGGCUAUGGCACCAUGGGCAAACCCAUUAAAUUGCUGGCUAACUGUUUUCAAGUUGAAAUUCCAAAGAUUGAUGUCUACCUCUAUGAGGUAGAUAUUAAACCAGACAAGUGUCCUAGGAGAGUGAACAGGGAGGUGGUUGACUCAAUGGUUCAGCAUUUUAAAGUAACUAUAUUUGGGGACCGUAGACCAGUUUAUGAUGGAAAAAGAAGCCUUUACACAGCCAAUCCACUUCCUGUGGCAACUACAGGGGUAGAUUUAGAUGUUACUUUACCUGGGGAAGGUGGAAAAGAUCGACCUUUCAAGGUGUCAAUCAAAUUUGUCUCUCGGGUGAGUUGGCACCUACUACAUGAAGUACUGACAGGACGGACCUUGCCAGAGCCACUGGAAUUAGACAAGCCAAUCAGCACUAAUCCUGUCCAUGCCGUUGAUGUGGUGCUACGACAUCUGCCCUCCAUGAAAUAUACGCCUGUGGGGCGUUCCUUUUUCUCAGCUCCAGAAGGAUAUGACCACCCUCUGGGAGGGGGCAGGGAAGUUUGGUUUGGAUUCCAUCAGUCUGUUCGGCCUGCCAUGUGGAAAAUGAUGCUUAAUAUUGAUGUUUCUGCCACUGCCUUCUACAAAGCACAACCUGUAAUUCAGUUCAUGUGUGAAGUUCUUGACAUUCAUAAUAUUGAUGAGCAGCCAAGACCUCUGACUGAUUCUCAUCGGGUAAAAUUCACCAAAGAGAUAAAAGGUCUGAAGGUUGAAGUGACUCAUUGUGGAACAAUGAGACGGAAAUACCGUGUUUGUAAUGUAACAAGAAGGCCUGCCAGUCAUCAAACCUUUCCUUUACAGUUAGAAAAUGGCCAAACUGUGGAGAGAACAGUAGCACAGUAUUUCAGAGAAAAGUAUACUCUUCAGCUGAAGUACCCACACCUUCCCUGUCUGCAAGUGGGGCAGGAGCAGAAACAUACCUAUCUGCCACUAGAAGUCUGUAAUAUUGUGGCAGGGCAACGAUGUAUCAAGAAGCUAACGGACAAUCAAACCUCCACUAUGAUCAAAGCAACAGCAAGAUCUGCACCAGAUAGACAAGAGGAAAUUAGCAGAUUGGUAAGAAGUGCAAAUUAUGAAACAGAUCCAUUUGUUCAGGAGUUUCAAUUUAAAGUUCGGGAUGAAAUGGCCCACGUAACCGGACGCGUACUUCCAGCACCUAUGCUCCAGUAUGGUGGCCGGAAUCGGACAGUAGCAACACCAAGCCAUGGAGUAUGGGACAUGCGAGGGAAACAGUUCCACACAGGAGUUGAAAUCAAAAUGUGGGCUAUAGCUUGUUUUGCCACACAGAGGCAGUGCAGAGAAGAAAUAUUGAAGGGUUUCACGGACCAGCUGCGUAAGAUUUCUAAAGAUGCAGGGAUGCCCAUCCAGGGCCAGCCUUGCUUCUGCAAAUACGCACAGGGGGCAGACAGCGUGGAGCCCAUGUUCCGGCAUCUCAAGAACACGUACUCUGGGCUACAGCUCAUUAUUGUCAUCCUGCCAGGGAAGACACCAGUGUAUGCGGAGGUGAAACGUGUUGGAGAUACACUUUUGGGUAUGGCUACACAGUGUGUUCAAGUCAAGAAUGUAAUAAAAACAUCCCCUCAAACUCUCUCAAACCUGUGCCUAAAGAUAAAUGUUAAACUUGGAGGGAUCAAUAAUAUUCUUGUACCUCAUCAAAGACCUUCUGUGUUCCAGCAACCAGUGAUCUUUUUGGGAGCAGAUGUCACUCAUCCACCAGCUGGUGAUGGGAAGAAGCCUUCUAUUGCUGCUGUUGUAGGUAGUAUGGAUGCCCACCCAAGCAGAUACUGUGCUACAGUAAGAGUUCAGAGACCCCGACAGGAGAUCAUCCAGGACCUUGCCUCCAUGGUCCGAGAACUUCUCAUUCAGUUUUAUAAGUCAACUCGGUUCAAACCUACUCGUAUCAUCUUUUAUCGGGAUGGUGUUUCAGAGGGACAGUUUAGGCAGGUAUUAUAUUAUGAACUACUAGCAAUUCGAGAAGCCUGCAUCAGUUUGGAGAAAGACUAUCAACCUGGAAUAACUUACAUUGUAGUUCAGAAGAGACAUCACACUCGAUUAUUUUGUGCUGAUAGGACUGAAAGGGUCGGAAGAAGUGGCAAUAUCCCAGCUGGAACAACAGUUGAUACAGACAUUACACACCCAUAUGAGUUUGAUUUUUACCUCUGUAGCCAUGCUGGAAUACAGGGUACCAGCCGUCCUUCACACUAUCAUGUUUUAUGGGAUGAUAACUGCUUUACUGCAGAUGAACUUCAACUGCUAACUUACCAGCUCUGCCACACUUACGUGCGCUGCACACGAUCUGUUUCUAUACCUGCACCAGCGUAUUAUGCUCACCUGGUAGCAUUUAGAGCCAGAUAUCAUCUUGUGGACAAAGAACAUGACAGUGCUGAAGGAAGUCACGUUUCAGGACAGAGCAAUGGACGAGAUCCACAAGCUCUUGCCAAGGCUGUACAGAUUCACCAAGAUACCUUACGCACAAUGUACUUUGCUUAAAAAGUCUAAGAAUAUUCUCUGAGAGGAAGAACUGGAAGAUGAAUCAACAUACAACUUAUGUUUCCAGUGGAGUCAGCUGAGUGGGGAUGCCUCCAGCCAUACAGAAACCAACACUGUGUGGGGGCCAGGGUAUGAUCUUUAUGUUGAUACAAGGAAGAUUGUUUACUUCAUCAAGGAACACAGCACCAUUAUGCAAUAUGAAACCAGCCAACUGCUUUUUUGUGCGGUCUCCUGUAGGAAGUAUCGCGAUCAUUUAGUUUUCACUUUCUUGUAGUCUAACCCUUUUAAUGCCUUUACCUCAAGUUGCUUGGCAGCACAACUCUUUGCAAAAAAAAAAAGUAAAGAAAAAGUAAAUGAUGGUUUUUUAAAAAACACACCUAUAUGAAUAAUCAAAGUGAUUGUUCACAAUUAUGUGUGCAAAAAAUGUGCAUUCAUGUAUUCUUGUAAAAGUUAUCUGUAUAUUUUACUUAUAUACAUGCAUACUGCAUAUGCAUAUAUAUCUGUAUCUACACUGAUAAUAGAUAUAUAUGUAUCUCUGUAUAUAUUUUAUAGUUCAUUCCAUUGGGGAACUUUCUUUCCCUUUUAUUAUCCUCCCACCACCACUAUGAUUUCUCUCUCUACCGCCCUUGCCUUCAUCACCUACAUUUGUUUUUCCCUGAUGCUACCAGUAACAUUCAGAUGUUCAUGUAUCUGGUUCAUUUGAAUAUGAAGCAUGGCAAACUAGAUUUUUAUUUUGCACGCCCUACUCCUGUCUUGUCUCAUACAUAAUUCUGAGUCCUCAACUCUUGGUAUUGCUUUCUUAAGAAACUAUAUAUAUAUAUACACACAUAUAUAUAUAAAAAAUAUGUUUUUGUGAGAGUGAAUGUCUGCCCCUUCCUGCUCUCAACUUACAUUUGCCAUUUGUGCAAUGUGUACAUAAGCAGUAGCAACCUAAACUAUUCUUUUUCUCUAGUGAGUUUGUUAAAGCUGCUAUAAAUAUAUAAAAAAAAAAACACACAACUUUGUCAGAAGUUGUAACUUUAUAUAUAAGCGAUAUGUAUUCUAAAGUCUUCUGUUUCUAUGUGUUAUACAUGGAAAUCCCUUAAAACUUUUACAAAGGGUAAAUAUUUUAAAUGAUUGGAACUGUGUAGGGUUGAGGCCUCUGAAAUUGGGUGGAGAGAAGGGAUUGUGGAGGGUUUUUUUGGGUUUUUUUUUACUAGUUUAUUUGCUGCCUCUCAUACCUUAAUGUGAUUUUCAUAUAUAUAUAUUUUUAUAUAUAUGUGUGUUGUAUAUAUAUAAACAUAUAUGUAUGUGUUUUGAAGUAUAGCUUCCUUUUCUUUUAUAUUUAUUAGAAUAGUGCUUUAAUAAUUAUAGAAUCAUAUUGGCAACAUCUUUUAUAGAAAUAUAAUCAUGUUUAUUUUAAGAACUGACAACUUGUUUUUGCUCUCUUUUAGUGCAAUAAGCAGUUUUAAAAGAAAGCUGUGUCUGUUUGACAUCUUUACCACAGAUAGUGGGAGAAACAGGCACCUCCAUAAUUUUAAAAGGGCAAAGUAUAUAGCCUUAAUUUCAGAAGGAAAGUUUUGUAAUUUUCAAGUUUAAAGCAUGUCUUGUAAAAAUCAUAAUGAAAAUGAAGGAAGUUAAAUUUCCUAAAUGAGUGUUGACCUUGAAUAUUAGAAAUAAAGUUGAAGAACUUUGAUUUAAGUAAUGACAGCAACUAGCUUUAGAUUUAGAAGAUAUUUAAAUUCUUUGAAAAUAAAUCAUGUUUAUUGAAGAAUCAUACUGGUAAGGUGCCCAUUUUCACUUACUAACAUGAGUCAGGAAAAUAUAAAAUGAUAUUUUAAAAACUUUUUUUGCUAAUUCAUCACCAGUGUAACUUUCCUUUUAAAAUUAGGGUGAUGGUGACAAAGGAAGUUAGGACUUUGAGCAUUUGAAAUUAGUUAAAUCACUGAAAUGUUGAAAAAAGUUUUGCAAAACUUUUGUUUUAUUGACUUCACUUUAAGAUAUUAAAAAAUACUAUAAAGCUGUCAAAACCAAGUUUAUCAGUAACCUUGGAUUCAGGGGAGCUUUGCACUUUGUAACUCAUGAAAAUAGCAUUUUAAUUUUUUUUUUUUUUUUUGCACUGGUUCAGAGUAUAGAUAUUACAGAUUGUUUCCAGUGGGCAUUGUUGUUAACCUUUCAGAAUUCCAUCUGCACAUGAAAACAAAUGGAUUAGCUCUUUAGUUCUCUCUUACCUAUAAUCCACACUUAUUGCCAAUUUACUGUAUUUUGAGCCUAAAAUCUGAGCCCAUAUCCUCCAACAGGUAUGAAAUCUUUUGUCCCUCUGCCAGAAAACUAAGAAAGUACUGUAUUUUGUAUGUUUAUUAUAUUGAAGUGUAUGAAAUGCAAUUUACAACACUGUUUUAAAGCUCUUUACGUAAGGUAAUGUUUGUGUAGUGUAUACAUUUUUCUCCCAACCCUCCCCCCUCCUCCAAAAAAUUUCUAUAAAGAGUGUAUUUUUUUUACAUUGAAAUUUCACUGAAUAUAGGCAAGAACAUAGGCAAGAGAAGAAAAUAGUAUAUCCUAGGUGGUAAAAACCUGAUGGCGUAUGUUUGCUCAGUAUGAGUAAAACAUCUUCCUUUAUCAGUGGGAGCUGUACAGAUUGAUGUGGAAAACUUUAGAGCCCAGGGAAGAACUGUAGAUAACCUUUCCCUAUUUACCUGCUUUACCUAAUUUUCAGUCACUUAAUCUCACAUGUGCUAAAGUAAAGCCUAUAAUUUAAAACUAUUUAGAAGGACUUUUACAGAGGAAAAAAAAAUUUUUUUUAAUAUAAAGCUUUACAUUUGAAGUGAGUUCUUUUUAGGGUGCUCUUAGAGUUUCAACAUUGCUAGUUUAAAGUUGGUUAACUUGAAAGAAUAUGUAUAGUAUAUUCUAUUUUGCUUACUAACAAAUUGGUAUAUCAAACUUAAUUAUAAGAAACUUUGUGCUUAGAACUUUAA